CUCGCAGCUCUUCCAUCACCUCGUACUCGCGCAUCUCGCGCAUCUCGCGCAUCAUCGACGACGACGAAGCUCAUUCGCACUGCGAUCGAUCGGCCAACAAUGAUCGCAGAGGUGCUGCUGCAUCUACAUGGUGUGCCCUCUAGCCUCUUUCCCUCACCCGACGCGCUGCAUCCAGCACUCGAAUCCUUGCUGCACCCAGGCGAGGUAUCCCAGCUCCUGUCCCUCUCGUCCCUGGCAUCGGAUGCUCACACUGCUCGGACAUGGGCCGAGGAAGUUCUGCGCUCAGCUCGGAGCGCCGCCAGGAGGAGAAGGAGGCACGUGGCCAAUCCUAGCGACUUGGAUGCGGUUGGCGAAGCAGAGGAAGAGGAGGAGGAGGAAGACCACCACGUCGCCUUUGUCGAUGGGGCUGAGCAGGCCGCCGUUGCCAGGUCUAUGCUCGCUCGCUUGGACAUGUGGAGAUCAGCAGUCAGCCAAGUGCAGAGAGCGGUGCUGCAAGGCAAGGCGGCAUCUCAACACGCCCCCGAGCAGCUUGCAGCGACACCAUCCACCUCUGUGCGAGUCAAUGUCGACUUGGAACUGCAGCACUGCUCAUCCCUCGCCGGUGUCAGGGCUGCGCUGGAGCCGUGGUGCAGACCUCUGAGCAACUUGGCUGAUCUGGCCUACGUGCUCGAUCAAGCGCGACAGGCUGGCGCGGGCGCGGGGACCUCCAUUGCGGAUGCAAAGCGCGCGGCGGCACGCCCUUGGCCCCCGGCGCAGUUGCUGUCGCUCUUGGCGAUGCGCACCCAGGCGUCGGUAGGUGCGACGCGCGAGCACAUGCAGGCGCUCCUCGACGCUGCCGAGAGCGUUUGGCUUCGUCGGGUUCGCGGUUGGGUGUGCCACGGGCGCGCCAGCGGCCUGUUCGUUCGCAUCCGAGCGGCGGAUCCACUUAAUACUGUGGCAGAAAGAAAUGUGGACGCGGUGCAAGCAGAGCUUCAUCGACCUGCUCAUCUGGCAGGUUCGGAGGAAGAUCGACAGGAAUGGAGCUGGGCGCCCAACGCUUGUCCCGACUCCCUCGAUCCUCAAAUCGCAGAGACGAUACUGGGCAUAGGCAGGGCACUGAGAGCGCUACCGGCCAGCGUGCGAGUGCCGAGCGUCAUGCGCGACCAGCAUCUCGAGCUGCUUGGCCGCCAAGACGAAGUCAGCCCGGCGAACAGGCAGCUGGAGCUGAAGUUGAGACUCGACAGGAUACGCGACGAAUUGGCAGAGUGGAUGUGGGGAAAUGUCCUCACUCCGGAUCAGGUUAUGGAAACUGUGCAGAUGCUCGGCGACUACUUCAUGCACCGCUCGGGUCUGUUUCAUAGCUUCUUUCUGAACGAGCUCUCCUCUUUGCGGCGAACUCAGCUCACGACGCGCACCGCUGCUGCCGGAAUGAUCAAGCCAUCAGACGUGGAUCUAGCGCUAUACCGAGCGGCUAGCGCAUCAGACCUCCCUUCGGAACUCUUGUCGCACGUCCGAGUACUUGUACCACGCUCUCGCAACGGAGUCAAGGAGGCGUGGUCACCCUUUGCGGAUAUUCCCCUGGGUUCUGCGUUCUGCGUCGCAUACGCGCCCCCCUUUCCCUUGGAUCUGCUGCUCACGCGGACCGAUGCUCGAGCAUACAGCGAGGUAUUUUCGUACUUGCUGGCCUUGCGCUCGACAAGCUCCAGACUGAGGGAUGCGUGGACCAGCAUGUCGAAAGCGCAGCGUUUGAGGAGAAAAUUCACCGGCACGAGUGAGGGCGGCGGUAACACGAUGGAGGAGCACGCGCGCUCGGAGCUGCUCAGGCUCGGUUGGAACAUUGCGAGGGAAGGGCUCUGGAUCAUCGAUAGCCUAGUCGGGCAUUUUCAAACGGACAUCAUCGACGUUCAAUACAGUCGCCUCAUUGCUCAAUUGGAGCUCGAAUCAAUCAAUGCGAUCGAUCAUGCCCAUCCACUGUCGGCCCAGCCAAGCGGGCGGAGUCUCGCACAAUCCACUUCCGGAGCCGCGUUGCGCCGCUCCAGAGUGGCGGCCAGCGCUACUGGUCGACCAGUAUCACCCGACAAUCCAGAUGCGCGUCCGCGAACGAGUUCUGGUUCAGGUCGCAGAGCUUCAGAGGCCGGCUUGGCCAGGUCCAGAUAUGGCAGUGGACCUGCGGCAGCAGCUGCAGCAGCGGCUCUAUCGCGAGGUGCGCCAUCCGUCAUCGCUUCUCGCAGGCACGGCGGAGCUGCGACGCUAGCGGGUCACUCUUCUCACAUUGGGCCACUCGGCGGGUCCAUCGCGACGGGUCCAGAGGGCGCUUCUCAGCUCGACUUUUCCACACUGCGCUCGGCGCACACGGCGUUUUUGGCUUUCGUCGUCGAUGGCCUCUUGCUGAGGUCUCCUCGAGCGACGACGCUCAUUCGAGCUAUCUGCGACACGUGUCAAAAGUUUGCGGGACUGGUGGCCAGUCGAUGGGGAGGUGAUGUAUUGCCUGGUCUGCUCGAAGAAGGAAGCAUUGGGGACACGACGUCUGCAAGAGACGGAGUGAGCAACACGAUCGAUGAGAGGACGAGAGCGAUGAACGAUGUUUCCGAUACCUUGCGCGGUCAGCUCGACGAAUUCUUUGCUCUCCUCUCGACCGCUUCAGCUGGUGUCGGCGCGCGCGAUGCGCAUGGCAACAAUGCAUCUGGCAGCGGAGGGGCGAGCGGGACGAGCAUGGCAAUCGAUGCGUCCAUCGCCAGCGUAUCCAUGUCCACCUAUGCUCGCCCAGGUCGAACAGGCGGUGGCGGUGGCGAUGCCGGUGCGGGUGGUGGUGCAGGACUCAAGAACGCACAGGGGCAGGGGCCCAACGCAUCCAAGGCAAAGACGAAGGUGACCGAGGCUAGGUUGGACGCUGAUAGCGCGGCUAGGAGGCAUUUGGACGCUCUGCUGCUCAGACUGGACUUUUCCGGCUGGCUUUCGCGCAGAGAGACGGAGAGGAGGGAGAGGGAGAAGAAAGCUGCGCAGAGGGGAGCACGGGAAAGGGAGGAUGAGAGCUUGGAGGAGAGGGAGGAGAGGGAGGAGAGGGGGGAGAAGGAGCAGAUGCCCAAGUUGCGAGUUCUGGAUGAUCUGAGGAAGCAAGGGCAAGCUGCGGCAGUGGCGUAGCUGCGAAGAAUCGCGAGCGCAUUUGUAAUUGUAUCGGUGUCAUGCUGCGCAAGCGUGAUGAUGUAGGAUGA